GAAGCUAUGUCUCCACACUGGAGACGCGCAUUGACAGACUCAAGGAGAAGCUCGAGGAUGCCAAGGCCAGGAAGCCAUCGGUCAUCGACAUGCCGGACGACGAUGCUCCAGCACGACGUCCGUCUUACCAAGUGCAGGAGCCGCCGACGCCCAAUGCGAGUAAAGCCAUGCGGCGGAGAGAAGUCAUUGCCAUUGACGAUCUGGUCAACGAUUUUGGCAUUCUGUCGGUCAAUGCGACCGCGCGAGACUUCUACGGCUUUACCAGCGCAAUGUCGUAUGCACGACUCAUAUUGGCCGCCUCCUCCAAGGAGCCUUUGCCAGAGGGCAUGACACAGCCGCUACCACCGCGCUACCAGGCGACAUCACUGGUUCAGCAUUAUCUGAACAACGUCUUCACUCUCCUGCCUGUAUUUGACGAAGCCAGCUUUUAUGCUUCCGUCGACAAUGUCUACUCUCGCCAUGUGCAUCAGGCAGAUCCGCUGGAUCACUACAUGGUGCGCAUGGUCCUUGCCAUUUCAAGUGCAUCUUCGUCAGAACAGCGCGGCGAUCAGCGAUACAUCGAAGCCAUUGGUCAUGUCUGUGAAGCUCUGAAGCACGCCGAGCAUGUGUUGCAUCCCGGCGAAAUUGCGAGCAUACAAGCGCUCGUCUUAUUGACCGAGUUUGCAAUGCUGGAUCCUCAUCAUUUCGACUCUUGGGGCCUGAUCGGAGCAGCGUCUCGAGCCAUGGUAGACCUCGGAUUGCAUCAAGAUCCUCCAAAGGGCACUCCAAUGCCAAAAGGGAAGCUUGAGCUGCGACGUCGAGUUUAUCAUUGCGUCUACAAUUUGGAUCGCUCGACCUCGCUCGUUCAGACAAGAGCCUUUUCCUUCUCUGAUGACAGCGCAAAAGUGAAGAUACCAUUCAACAAGCCCUCUUCUUCUGCAUCUACAUCGCCUGCGCCAACUUCCACUUCGCAAGGCCUCUGGCUACAGUCGUACGAGUACGCAGUGGAACUGAUCAACCUGCGCAAGCUCCAAUCCGAAUGGUACACCGAUCUCUUCCAGUCUGGUCGCACUCGGUGGGAGGAACCUUACCAUUAUCUAUGGAAUGCUUGCGACAAGAUGCGCCAAUGGUUCGACAAGCUUCCAUCAACAACAUCGCCUAGCAUGCGAGCAUUCUUCGAACUCGACCUACUUUAUUCUUGCGUCUACGUUUUGUCGCCAUCCCCACGGGUGCCAGUGGUUCAUCCUUUCGCACAAAAGCUCAUUUUCGAAUAUUCUAUUCGAUAUGCCGACCUCAUGCUCCGCCUGAUCAGUGAUCCAGCAUACGUGGCACCCCUGACAUUUUACGAUGCCAUGAGAGUCUACAUGACCGGAAGGCAAUUUCUGGACGUACUUCAGCACAAUACGGAAGGCUUACUGGCUGGCCAUGUUCCGCCUCAUCCCGAAGUUAAGCCGACAGCUUCGCCACCACCUCCAAUGCCAGUCAUUCCUUUGCCACCUGGGGAGACUGCUUUGAGGUUCAACACGAUUCGCAGCAUACAAUGCAUAAAGCAAAUCACUGAAUGCCUCUCGCGGUUUGGAAUUCGCUGGGGUUAUAUGAGGUGA